AUGGCCCUGUGGAUGCGCCUUCUGCCCCUGUUGGCCCUGCUGGCCCUCUGGGAGCCGAACCCUGCCCAGGCUUUUGUCAACCAGCACCUUUGUGGCUCCCACCUUGUGGAGGCACUCUACCUGGUGUGUGGGGAGCGUGGCUUCUUCUACACACCCAAAUCCCGUCGUGGAGUGGAGGACCCACAAGUGACACAGCUGGAGCUGGGUGGCGGCCCUGGAGCAGGUGACCUUCAGACCUUGGCACUGGAGGUGGCCCAGCAGAAGCGCGGCAUUGUGGAUCAGUGCUGCACCAGCAUCUGCUCGCUCUACCAGCUAGAGAACUACUGCAACUAG